ACCUUCCGGUGUCACGCGACCGCCUCCUCCUCCUCCCUCCCAUCUCUGUCUACCUUUGGGCUGGGCUGGCCGGUGAUGAGACACUUGGCUGCCGACUGUGGAAGGAGCGAACGCUACAACUACGAUCAAGUCCACGACUGUGACUAUGGCCGAGAAUAACGCUCAGAAUAAAGCCAAGCUAAUCUCUGAGACCCGGCGGAGAUUCGAAGCUGAGUAUGUGACAGAAAAGUCAGAAAAAUAUGAUCCACGUGAUGUUGAAAGGCUUCAGCAAGAUGAUAACUGGGUUGAAAGUUACUUAACUUGGAGACAUAACGUUGUGGAUGAAACAUUGAAGAUGCUUGAUGAGAGUUUUCAGUGGAGAAAAGAAUUUUCUGUCAAUGAUCUCAGUGAAUCCUCUAUUCCAAGAUGGUUAUUAGAACUUGGUGGUAUUUAUCUCCACGGUUAUGACAAAGAAGGCAACAAAUUAUUGUGGAUCAGAGUGAAGUAUCAUAUAAAAGACCAGAAAACCAUAAUGGACAAAAAGAAGCUUAUAGCAUUCUGGUUGGAACGAUAUGCCAAGAGAGAAAAUGGGAAGCCUAUCACAGUGAUGUUUGACAUGUCCGAAACUGGACUCAAUAGCAUGGACAUGGACUUUGUACGCUUUAUCAUCAACUGCUUUAAGGUGUAUUACCCCAAAUACCUCUCAAAAAUAGUGAUCUUUGAUAUGCCUUGGAUAUUGAAUGCUGCUUUCAAAAUUGUGAAAAGCUGGCUUGGGCCCGAAGCAGUAAGUUUGCUGAAGUUUACAAGUAAAAAUGAAAUCCAGGAGUAUGUCAGUGUGGAAUACCUGCCUCCCCACAUGGGUGGGACAGAUCCUUUCAAGUAUAGCUACCCGCCACUGGUAGAUGAUGACUUCCAGACACCACUGUGUGAAAAUGGACCAAUUGCCAGUGAGGAUGAAACCUCCAGUAAAGAAGAUAUAGAAGGUGAUGGUAAAGAAUCCUUGGAAACAGUUUCUAAUGAAGAACAACCAGCUCUGUCAGAAAAGAGUAACCCAACUGAGUCUGCUUCCAAAACAGAUGAAAAUGAAAAAGUUGAUUCAAAGAUGAAAACUUUUAAAAAGCCUUUGAGUGUUUUUAAAGGGCACUUAUUACACAUCAGCCCAGCUGAAGAAUUGUAUUUUGGAAGUGUGGAAUCUGGAGAUAAGAAAACUCUAAUAGUGUUGACAAACGUCACGAAAAAUAUAGUGGCCUUUAAGGUAAGAACUACUGCUCCAGAGAAGUACAGAGUUAAGCCCAGCAACAGCAGCUGUGACCCUGGAGCUUCAGUUGAUAUAAUUGUUUCUCCGCAUGGAGGCUUAAGAGUCUCUGCCCAAGACCGGUUUCUAAUAAUGGCUGCAGAAAUGGAGCAGUCAUCUGGCACUGGGCCAACAGAAUUGACCCAGUUCUGGAAAGAAGUUCCAAGAAGCAAAGUGAUGGAACACAGGUUAAGGUGCCAUACUGUUGAGAGCAGCAAACCAAACACCCUCAUGUUGAAAGACGGUGCUGCUAACAUGUCAGAUAAAACCAGUGAAGAUCUGUAUCUGCAACUCAAUCGUUUACUAGAAAGCAAUAGGAAACUUGAAGACCAACUCCAGCGCUCUAUCUGGUUCCAACAGCUGCUGCUUGCCGUAACAAUGGUCUUGCUUGCUUUUGUUGUUUCUUUCUUUUAUUCAUUAUAUAGUUAGAGAAACGGUGCCUGGUCAGAAACGUAACUCCUUCAAGACAUUAUCUGGAGAAGGUAUACAGACCCCAUUCAGACUUCUCCACCCACCUUCUAGAACUACUGUAAAUCUGGGCUUCCUGAAAGGAAAUAUGUAGCACAUAGAAGGGUGCCUGAAAACAAGUUGUUUGGAUAGAGAAAUGUUCAAGGCAUCGAUUAUUAGAGACUAUAGCUUGUUAGAAAACUAAGUAAAGGCAUAUACAUUGUGUAAAUUAAUAGCUUAAACAUAAUUUAUUUUUUCUUUUUGAUUUGAAUGCUUUCAAAGCAAAGUUUUAUCAUGUAAAUACACUAGCUGAGCUGAAAAGUCUAAGUAAUAUGCUUUGUUGUAGCCAAAAGAUAUAAUAUGCUUUUUUUAAAUAUAGAACUACUAGCUGAGCUGACUUAUUAGCUUUUCUAUACUAUGUAUGUAAAAUGUGUAUAUUGAAAAGGAAACAUACUUAAACAGAGUAAUUUAUGUAAUCUUAACUUUGUAACUGAGAACUACUUCCAGAUGAUAGUCAAUAUUCUUUUUGGAAUGUAGAGCUAUUUAAUGCCAAACCACCUUAGCCUUUGUUUCUCAGCAUUGCUGAGCAGCCUGCCUCUUAUUAACCUGGGCUCUUUAGUGAACACUUUGGUUUUGAACCAAUAUGGAAAGCUACAUGUGGUUGAAUUUUUGUUGAUUUCUGGUAGCAGUGCCCAGAAGGAAUGUCUCAAAAACAGCUCCCCUUUCUAGUCAAUUCUAUGCAGUUUCAUGUCAUUCACUAUGUUUGGACACUGAACCUUUUUGACCAGUUUAUUACAAGGGCCUACUCUUCCACCGUUACAUCUUCACCUUCAUUCCAGGGCAAAGGAGUCUCUUCUGUGGAUCACAAAUUAUUUUAAGUGAAAAGCAUUAGGUAGCAUUGAAAAUCUAGUUGUUGUAGCUCGUAAGUAUACCUAACCUUGGGUUCAAAAUGGUCCUUGUUAAAAAUGUUGGUGAGAAGAAAACUUUGAAAAGACUGGAGUAUCCAUGUGUGCAAAUAUAAAAGUAAAACAAAGAGGCUUAGAGAAUGGGAACCACCACUCCCAAUGGGCUCUCUAAAACACUCGAUACUCUGCCUUUGGUACAUUCAUGUGGUUCCUAAAUUCCUACAGAGGUACACCUUGCAGAAGCAGAAGCUAAUGAAAUUAGUUUGUGUUAUCAUUAACAUGACCAGUUUCAGUUGCGUUCGGUUCAAAUGUAUAUCUACAUUUGAUGACAGAAAAGUAGUCUGCCUAUCAAACAGAUUUUUAGCCAUGUUUGGAAAUGUGUUGUUCUCAGGAGUAGAGUUGGAGACUUUCAGCUUGAAGAAGUUGAUUCCAAAACCCAGUUUUGAGGAGUGAUGUAACAGAGCUCCUUAAAAAGUCUGCUAGGGAAAUAAAACCUUAAAAGGA